CUCAUCCCCCAGCUACUGCCCCCCCAAGCCAUCUGCAUUCCCCGCCAUACAGCCCAGACCAAGGCUGUCCCACUGAUAGCGCACGCCAGAGACUAUCUGCACCGCCGUCCCGCCACUCGCCAUACCUCCGCGCCAUUCACUGCGAGCUGGAAGCGGGUCCUCCGCCUCUCCCGCUGCGCGCGUCGCUCCUCUCCGCGGCCUGAGCAUGGCGCCCGCUUUUCUCGCCGCUGGCGCGUCGCAGCUCGCGUGGCGCGGAGUUCCUCGCUCCGCGCACGGCGCAUGGCGGAGAACAGCGGCGGACGGCGCGGAGACGAGCGAGGGCCCACCUGGAAGCUGCCGGCAGGCAACGACUGGAAGCAGGUGGCGCGGGGACACGUGGCGGCUGAGGAGUGGGCGAGCAGCAGCGGGCAGAGGGAAUGGCGGCGGGAGAAUGGGAGGCAGGGGGCAGGCACGCGCAAGCCUGGAUGAGCUGGCGGGCGUGCUGCUGUUCUCCGCGUUCCCCUUCGCCGCCGUGAAGGCCAUCGCCAACAGCGGCGUGGGCAGGCGGCUGAGUGAGCGCCUGGAGGAGAGACUGCCGGAGCUGAGGAGGCAGGCGGAGAGGGACGAGGUGGAGAGGCAAAGGGCGAGGGAACAGAGCCCGUGGUACGGCGCUGCCCGCCCGCGCUGGCUGGACCCGGUGCCGUGGGCGUACCCGCCGUACCUGAACGGGCAGGUGGCGGGCGACUUUGGCUUCGACCCCGCCGGGCUCGCCAGGGAGCCGACUGCCUUCCAACGGCUGUACAACCUCGAAGUUGUGCACGCGCGGUGGGCGAUGCUGGGUGCCCUGGGCGUGGUGGUGCCGGAGCUGAUGCAGCGGUACAGCGGCACGGCCUUCCUGGAGGCGGUGUGGUGGCGCGUGGGGUACGCCAAGCUGCAGGGCGACGACCUGGACUACCUGGGCGUGCCGGGGUUGCACAUCGCGGGCGGGCAGGGCGUGGCCAUCAUUGCUGUGGCGCAGCUGCUGCUCAUGCUGGGCCCCGAGUACGCGCGGUACACGGGCAUCCGAGCCUUGGAGCCGCUGGGCAUCUUCCUGCCGGGCGACAUCAACCACCCGGGCGGCUGGCUCUUCGACCCGCUGGGGCUCGCCAACAAUGCUCAGCGCUUCGAGGACCUCAAGGUGCGGGAGAUCAAGAAUGGGCGGCUGGCAAUGAUGGCGUGGGUGGGGUUUGCCGCCCAGGCGGUGGUGACGAGGCAGGGGGUGCUGGACAACUGGGAUGCCUUCCUGGCGGAACCCCUGCGCACCAACGCCCUCGCCCUCGCUCUCGCCCUGCACUAGCUCUGCACCUCUGCAACCCUCCGCUGCGCAUGGGUUGGUGCCAGAUCACUGUGUCAAAUCAAAUAGUCGCAAGAUAAAAUUGUCUCAUGCCACCGAACCGACAGUGCGUGGCGAAGUGAUGAAGCUGUUGGCACAGAUAAGCUAAGCAUCGUGAUCCUCCGACAGGUGGUGCAUGUGUGCACAGAGAUGGCAUGGAAGCUAAAGUGUACAAAGAAUGCAAAAUCAAAAUACUUGCCUUAUACCGUGCUAAAUAUUUCGAAGCACCGCAUAGUUCUCAACUCAAGUUUUGUUAAGAUAGUCAACUUAUAUGUAUUUGUAUACGUUGUAGAUAUAGGCUAGAA